AUGGGGGUUGGUGCGAUCUUAGAACCGUUGGUCGUUAUUGUCCUCCUCUUUGGAGGAACAUGGAUUAAUCGGUUGACUGCGUCUGCGGUUACUCACAGCCACGGCCGUCAAAGAUCAUCCAAUUACCCUCGAGCCGACUCUCCAGGUCCUCUAGAGUCUGGCUAUAUCAGCCCUACACCGAAAGAUGGACUUUUGAGCCCUCGGUGUCGUUCACCACCUGCUGAGGUUCUCGAUGAUGGUUGGCACAAGCGACAUGUUGACAUCUUUCGUCUGUCAUUUCCCGUGUCAACUCCAGAUACCGUUGUUUUCCAGGAUCGACUGCUCAGCCGCCUGCUCCGGAACUUGCCUUUCUUGGUGGAAUGCUGGUACUGGGCUCUCGUGUAUUGGACAUAUCAGCUCGGACGUGCCUUUACCGCUGUGACCCUCCAGGAAGGCACCGUUGAUGUCGCCCGACGACAUGCCCUACAGUUGAUUCAGGCGGAGGAGGCAUUAGGAAUCUUUUGGGAGCUUCGGAUCCAGCACUGGUUUCUUCGGCAUCCUUUGGCCAUGACAUAUAUCAACUGGAUAUACUCAUUUAUCCAUAUCCCUGGCACAAUCGCGUUCCUUGUUUGGCUGUAUUACUACACCAUCACCCGGAAUCGUGUCGAAGAACCACAGCCAGGGAAACCUCGCGGCUCAGUGAGCGGCUCACCGGCAGGGCCGCUGUUAUAUCAAGCUCAGAGAAGGACCCUCGCCGUAUGCAAUCUCCUCGCCUUCGUCGUAUUCACCGUCUGGCCAUGUAUGCCACCUCGACUGCUCAGUGACCCAACUGUGGAAGGCCCCGAGGGAGAGCUGGCACGCAGCUAUGGGUUUAUUGACACUGUCCAUGGUGUCAACGGAGCGGGAAGUGUAUGGACCGAGAACCGCUUCUGCAAUCAGUAUGCCGCAAUGCCCUCCUUGCAUUUCGGAUACUCACUCAUGAUCGGCCUUACCAUUUUGACAAUUCCUCUCCCACCGCAUCAUCGUCGCAUCAUCCGGACUCGAUUAGGUCCUAUUGGGCUCCGAUUGCCUUCUUGGCGCCGUGUUCUUUGUCUCGUGCUAGGUUUCCUCUAUCCGUUCACAAUCCUGGUAGCCAUCGUGGCCACGGCAAAUCAUUUCAUACUGGAUGCGAUUGCAGGUGCCUUGAUUUGCGGUCUUGGCUGGAGAUUCAAUGGCGUGCUCCUGAAUCUGCUGCCUGUGGAGGACUGCUUCCUUUGGAUUGUGCGAAUUCACAAGCCGGAACCCUCGUCAAUCAGGGUCAUUAAUACAUCCGACGGUUGGGAGUCAGACGAUGUGGCUCCCAGUCAAGCUACUUUGGCUUAA